UUAUUUAUUUUAAUCAAUCUAAUUAGAACCUAAUAUGACCCAUCUUUUGUUUUAAUUGUAUUUUGGACUUGUUCUAAUUGCCCUUUUCUCCAUUUCCUUACUUUCAGACAUGUCUGCAACACAAAGAGUUUUAAAGUCAGUGCAAGGUCAAGUGAAACCAAUUUUAUCCCUCAACCAUGAGGAUGCCAGACGUCGGACAAUCAAUUUAUAUCGAGCAUGGUAUCGCCAAGUACCCUGUUUAAUUCACGAUUGGGGUUUGCCGUUAACUGUACCUCAAGCUCAUGCCAAACUAAGGGAGAAAUUUCGAGAAAAUAAAAAUGUUACUGACUUAAGGGUGAUAGAUAUGCUUUUGAUUCGAGGGCAUAUUGAACUUCAGGAAAUUAUUGAUGGUAUUUCCCAAGGAUUUCACAUUUUCAAGUACUUUAAAGAAGAUUAUAUUCCAGCUAAACCUCGGGACUUUAUGUCGAAAUUUUUGGCCGGCAAAACCUCCGAUUGAACGCAAUGGAAAUCGUAAAAGUAUACUUUUAACAAAUAGGUUGAAUAUACAGAAUUAAUGAUUGCAAAAUAAAAAUUCAAUUUACCCCUUA